GUUGUUGGCAACCCCAACUUGCAGCGGCAGUCGAUACCGCGCGCGGGAGGAGGCGCGCUGGCUGUGAAAAUAUUAUUUUUUAAAUCGCGAGACUAGACUAAGUGUUUAGUGACAAAAUGCCUAAUAUUAUUAACGAAGUGAAAUUGGACUUCAAGGAUGUGCUGCUAAGGCCUAAAAGAAGUACGCUGAAGAGCAGAAAUGACGUGGACCUUUAUCGAGAGAUCACGUUCCGCAACUCUGGGCAGACGUACCGCGGCGUUCCGGUCAUGGCAAGCAACAUGGACACAGUCGGCACAUUCGAGAUGGCACAAGAACUCUCCAAGCAUGGGCUAUUCACAUGUAUCCACAAAUACUACACGAUAGAAGAAUGGAAGAAAUUCGCUGAAAACCAUCCAGAAUGUUUGGAGCAAAUGGCUGCAAGUUCAGGAACAGCGGACGCUGACUUCGAACGGCUCUCCGAUAUUCUGAAUAAUGUGAAAGACUUGAAGUUCGUGUGUCUGGACGUCGCUAACGGGUACUCGCAGCAUUUCGUGGAGUACGUGAGAAGAGUUCGCGCUGCUUUCCCUACUCACACCAUCAUUGCUGGCAAUGUGGUGACCGGUGAGAUGGUGGAGGAACUGAUAUUGUCUGGUGCUGAUAUUAUUAAGGUGGGCAUAGGUCCAGGAUCUGUGUGCACAACUCGGAUUAAGACUGGCGUAGGGUAUCCACAACUGUCCGCGGUCAUUGAAUGCGCGGACGCAGCGCACGGUCUCAAAGGACACAUUAUAUCAGACGGUGGUUGCACGUGCCCAGGAGAUGUUGCCAAAGCCUUCGGCGCCGGCGCUGACUUCGUAAUGGCAGGUGGAAUGUUCGCCGGGCACGACCAGUGUGGGGGAGAGGUGGUCACCACAGGUGACGGGCGGAAGGUGAAGCUGUUCUACGGGAUGUCUUCAUCCACGGCGAUGUUGAAGCAUUCCGGUGGAAUCGCGGAUUAUAGAUCUUCUGAAGGUAAAACAGUAGAAGUGGAGUACAGAGGGGACGUGGCGACUACAGUUAAAGACAUCCUCGGUGGACUGCGGUCAGCGUGCACCUACGUGGGAGCCGCCAGGCUUAGGGAACUACCAAGGAGGGCCACCUUCAUCAGGUGUUGUAGACAAGUGAACGACACCUUCUCGUAAUUCAUGAUGCCCUGGUACAAUUUCUAUCAAAUGGCAUUGUAAUUUCCGUGUGAUAUUUUUGUCGAGUGGUAUUAUUAGCUUACCAUCAGGUAGGCCGUAUGCUUGUUUGCCAUUUAACACUUAACUUGCCACAUAGCACAUUCGUCAAAAGUAUGGUUUUUGACAUUUUAUAGCAUAACCAUCGUAAAAAUAAGAAUAAUUUGUGACAAUAAAUAUUGUACCUUAUUUUUGAGGGAAUAAAAAGGUUUUUAUUAUGAGAUACGUCGCAAGUCGCUUACGUGAUAGAUAAAACAAAGUGGUAAUAAAAGGAAUAUCACUCGACAAACGGAAUACACGCUCGUAUAGUAAAUGGAUUAGAUAACGAAAUUAUUGAAAGAUAUAUUGUGAUGAUUAUUUGUUCCAAUAUAACUUUAAUGAAAAUAUAUUUAAAGAUGUCAUGUCCAAUGCUAAAUGAUUAUAUAUUAUUUACAACUGACUUCAAAAACAAUUGUGUUCUCGAUUCGGUUAUAUUUUUUCUUUUGUAUAUUUGUUACCUCAUAACUCGGUCUUUCUUUUUUCUUUUUAUCUGAAAGGAUAUACUUACAGAUUGGUCGAUACAAAUUUUAUCAACAUUACUUCAGUAGUUUAGUUUUCAGAACUUAAUAACUGUCAGAAUCGAUUAUUUUUCUACGUUUUUCUACGAUAUCUAUAUAUA